AUGUCAAUCGCCACACCGCCAAAAGAACCAGUCACUAUCAACGGAAGGAAUUACAGAUCCGUCACCGAAGGCUUAGCGUCCAUCCUUGCUCCGUACCAGGAGAAGACUACAACUGGCGUGAUCGAAAAAGGUCGGCAGAGCCACAACAAUGAUGAAGGUAAUCAAGCAGUGUUCUACAAUCCGAUCCAGCAGUUCAAUCGUGAUCUGACGGUGCUGGCAAUUCUGGUAUAUGGAGAAGGGGCGCUUGUGUCCAAGGAGGCCCUUUAUGCAAGGAAAAGUCGUACGAGGCAGCAGCAGAGGACCGCCAAGAAGCGACGGAAGGCCAAUGGUGUCAAGGAAGUUGAUGCUACGCAAAGGGAGGAAGUGAACAAGGAAUUGGACACGACUCUCGACGGGACUGAGCAGGAAGUUGGUGCUAAGCCUGACGAGGCUGCAAUACAUUCGCGCAAACGAAAACUCGAUGAGGUGGAUCACGAGGAGCGUAUCGAAGUGACGAAGAAGGCACGGCCUGACGACGAGGAAGGUGUGAACGGCAACUUGGAAGUAGCGCAACUAGACGGCGCUGGAGAUGAACAGAUCGACGGAGCUAAUGGUAGUCCAGCGGCGAGCACAAAGCGACUGCCUUUCAGCAUACUGGACGCACUAUCUGCCACAGGCCUCCGAGCCCUGCGAUACGCCAAAGAGAUCCCGUUCGUGACAAACGUCAUCGCCAAUGAUGUCUCAAAAGACGCUGUGGCCGCAAUCGAGUUGAACAUCGAUCAUAACGACGUGAAAGGCAAAGUGCAUUCGAACCUUGGGGACGCACGUGCAUACAUGUACAGUAAGAUUGGGAAUGAACACGAUCAGCCUUCCGGCAGAAACGUGCACCGUUUUGACGUGGUGGAUCUGGACCCCUAUGGCACCGCGGCGCCAUUCAUUGAUGCAGCGCUCCAGUGUCUGCUUGACGGUGGCAUGCUGUGCGUCACCUGUACAGAUGCUGGCGUUUUUGCAUCGACUGGGUAUCUGGAGAAGACCUAUUCUCUGUACGGAGGACUGCCGACGAAAGGCGCACACUCUCAUGAGGCAGGGUUGCGACUCAUCAUUCAUUCGAUCGCUCAAACCGCAGCCAAGUACGGUCUGGCUGUGGAGCCGCUCCUGUCGCUCUCGAUUGACUUCUACGCCCGCGUCUUCCUCAGAAUACACAGGUCGCCAAAUGAGGUGAAGCUACUGGCAGGGACCACCAUGAUCACUUACAAUUGCGAUUCAGGAUGCGGCGCUUGGACGACUCAGACACUUGCCAGGAAUCUCGAAAAGAAGGAUCGGAAUGGUGGUCUGAUCUACAAACACAGCUUUUCACAAGCGCCAACUGUGCCGCCAUUGUGCGAGCAUUGUGGUUUCAAGAUGCACAUUGGCGGUCCGAUGUGGGCAGGACCGCUGCACAAUCCCUAUUUCGUCCAGCGAAUGCUUGAUCGGAUACCGAGUCUGGAUCCGAAGGUGUAUGGCACGACCGAUCGGCUGAAGGGAAUGCUCACAGUUGCACUGGAGGAAGAUGUUACUCUGGCCACGUCCACAUUGUCAGAAGUCGAGCCAGCCACGCAUGGAGACAGCCCGAUCAUUACAACAGAAGCCGCACCUGAACAGCCGUAUGCCACGACGAACGGCCACUCACCACCCUCGAAUGACCCAAAGCCAGCACCAAGCCCGGCGCUGAUCCCUCGCCUCCCUCCAGCGACUAUCGACCACGCCCCAUUCCUCAUGAUCCCGAACUAUCUUGCCAAGGUUAUACAUACGCAAACACCAUCCGAGGCACAAAUUUGGGGUGCGAUUCGCUCCUGUGGCUAUCGCGUCACGCGCUCGCAUUGCAAGGCGGGCUCAUUCAAGACUGAUGCACCUUGGAGCGUGAUCUGGGCCAUAUAUCGGGAGUGGGUAAGGACGAAAUCGCCCAUCAAGAAAGGCGCUCUUAAGAAGGGAAGUCCAGGCGCGAGGAUAUUGGGUGCAGAUAUCCUAGACAGCGAGACUGUCUCAGACAAGACUUGGGAGACUGCUGAGCAGGUAAGACGGAUCACGGAAGACGUCGCCAAGGGGCUUGGCAGGGCGGACGGAAAGCAGGAGUUGACGGAUAUGUUGAGGGCAGCGCUGUAUAGACUCGAGCAUGGGGACCUUAGUAUGGUGACGACGGAGAAUGGGCAGAAAGUGCAUAUUGUGUUUGAUGAGAAGCUGGGCAGGGAGAAGCCUAGGGAGAAGCUGGUGAGGUAUCAGAUCAACCCGAGGGAGAACUGGGGACCCAUGAAUCGGGCGGGUGGGAGCUGA